UUUACGCAACCCGCGUACUUUACGAAGAAGGAGGCCUUGACGGAAAGCGAAUGGGAACGCAAAUUGUGCAAGGAAGUGCUGUGGGCCUCGGACGGGACGACGUGACUGUGUCGCUGCGCCCAGCAAGAAUGAGAACUGUCAGCUUCUUAUUGGCUGCUCUCUUCAUCCCAUGGAAUCUUUCUCUGGCAAAGUUUGACGAAUUUGAUGAUGGUGAUGAUAUUGUGGAAUACGAUGACAACGACUUUGCUGAAUUUGAAGAUGUGAUUGAAGACACUGCAACAGAAUCUCCCCAGCGGAUUGUCACGACGGAAGACGAUGAGGAGGAAGCGACCAUUGAGCUUGAAGGUCAAGAUGAAGGCCUUGACUUUGAGGAUGCGGACGCACAGGAAGGUGAUACAGAGAGUGAGCCGUAUGACGAUGAAGAGUUUGAAGGUUAUGAAGAGAAGCCUGAUGCCUCUCCUGGCAAAAGCGAUGACCAUAUAAAAAUUGUUAAUGUCCCUGCUCACCUCCAAAACAGCUGGGAGAGUUACUACAUGGAGAUCUUGAUGGUGACUGGUCUCCUUGCCUACAUCAUGAACUACAUUAUUGGGAAGAACAAGAACAACCGUCUGGCACAAGCUUGGUUCAACACUCACCGGGAGCUGCUGGAGAGUAACUUCGCCCUUGUCGGGGACGACGGCACGAAUAAAGAUGCCACGAGCACCGGCAAGCUGAACCAAGAGAACGAGCAUAUUUACAACCUGUGGUGCUCUGGCCGGGUGUGCUGUGAGGGCAUGCUCAUCCAGCUGAAGUUUCUCAAGAGACAAGACCUGCUGAACGUGCUCGCUCGCAUGAUGAGACCAACCUGUGACCAAGUGCAAAUAAAAGUGACAAUGAAUGACGAAGACAUGGACACCUACGUGUUCGCUGUGGGGACAAGGAAAGCUUUGGUGCGGCUUCAGAAAGAGAUGCAGGACUUGAGCGAGUUCUGCAGCGAUAAACCCAAGACUGGGGGGAAGUACGGACUCCCAGAAUCAUUGGCUAUCCUGUCGGAGAUGGGUGAGGUCACAGAAGGAAUGAUGGAUACUAAGCUGGUCCAUUUCCUCACGCAUUACGCCGACAAGAUUGAGUCCGUCCAUUUUUCAGACCAGUUUUCUGGUCCAAAACUUAUGCAAGAGGAGGGUCAGCCUUUGAAACUGCCUGAAACUAAGAAGACACUCUUGUUUACUUUCAACGUGCCCGGAUCAGGCAACACAUCCCCAAAAGACAUGGAAGCUCUGCUGCCUUUGAUGAACAUGGUUAUUUAUUCCAUUGACAAAGCAAAAAAGUUUCGUCUGAACAGAGAGGGCAAGCAAAAAGCCGAUAAAAACAGGGCACGUGUAGAAGAGAAUUUCCUGAAACUCACCCACGUGCAGAGGCAAGAGGCUGCUCAGACCCGCCGGGAGGAGAAGAAGCGGGCCGAGAAAGAACGGAUCAUGAAUGAGGAGGAUCCGGAUAAACAGCGCCGCCUGGAGGAGGCCGCUUUGCGGCGGGAGCAGAAGAAACUCGAGAAGAAGCAGAUGAAGAUGAAGCAAAUCAAAGUGAAAGCCAUGUAGGGAAAGACCAAAAGCUGCAGGGAAACCCCUCUCUUAGUGCCAAUUGUAGAAUUCCAGUUUGCUGCCUACAAAUGAGCUGAUGAUAUUUCCUGAUCUUCACGGCUGCCCUUUCAGAACUUCAUUUGACCUAACAUUGAGCUGCCCACGGAAUUAUAUUUGGAAGAGUCUCCUGUGGACAUGUCUGCACGGAAAGGUUAUUGAACUUGUUGCCGUGGAGCUUUUCCUGGAUCGGUCACAGGGUUACGCCUGGAAAUGGGUAACCGGUUCCGAGGGAACAUUUUCAUCCGAUGCACCGGACUGCUUCGAAAAGCGAUCUCCGCAGCACCAAAGCUACCCUGCAGUUGGCAGCACAGGAGAGAUCCUUCGCGGCAGCUCUGCCAACCGUCCUGGCAACUGCUUUAGUCCCGUUUUGUGUUAGGGGGACUUCCAAUAAAAGUUUUCAGGAUUGCA